GCCCUCGCGGCCAUUGUGCCCCUCGUCGCCGCUCACGGCUUCAUCAACGACCCGCCCGCCCGCCAACCAGGCGAUGCCUACAACAGCGUCUGCGGCCAGCAGCCCUUCUACCAGCAGUCCGCGGACAUCAACGGCAACGUCCAGGGCAUCAUGCAGGUUGUCGGCGCUGACACCACCGACGACUGCAACCUCUGGCUCUGCAAGGGGUUCCUCUUUGACGACAACAAGGACAAUGUCCAGACCUACUCGGCCGGUCAGACGAUUGCCUUUGACGUCAAGAUUGCCGCCCCCCACACGGGCUACGCCAACGUCUCCGUCGUCAACACGGCCACUGACACCAUCAUUGGUGCCCCCAUGAUCGAGUGGGAUGACUACGCCUCCAACGCCGGCUUCCCCGAGAACAACACCGCUUUCAGCGUCACCCUGCCCGACGACCUGUCCGACUGCACCGAGGCGGGCGCCUGUGUCAUCCAGUGGUUCUGGGACGCCCCGGAUAUCAACCAGACCUACGAGUCGUGCGUCGACUUUGUCGUCGGCGACGGUGGUAACAGUGGUGGCGAGUCGCCCGAGCCUACCUCUGCCGUCCCGUCGCCUACCUCGGUCGCCUCUGCCACCUCGACU